CUCCAGGUUUCUGUUCCAAGAUUUGACAAGACUCCCUGGUUUAGCAAGGCCAGCCUCACGAACAAGCCAUUAAUACUCAGCCUCCCCAAAAGAUAUCCUCAAUCCUCUGCCACUUUUUUGGGUUCAUCCAAGAAGGAUAAGAAUUUGCCAAUUUUGUUCCAAGUGCCAGAUAUCGUAUCGAAGGUUGGGGGGAACCAGAGCGAUCCCAUGCUGAUCAGAAAGAAGCAGAUGUGCUCUACGUGUCGAGAAAUGAAAGUGGUACAACCAAGAACUAUGGUAAUCCCAGACGAUCUGAAACUAUCCUUUGCAAAUAUUGUGAGUCAUAGAAUGAUGAGCCUUCAUCCACCAAAAGCCCAGACUGUACCCAGACCUUCUUGUGGUGACAUCCCAACAGAGAACAUUCAAUACAGACUGCCCAUCCUGGGCCCCAGGACAGCUGUCUUCCACGGACUGCUGUCAGAUGCCUACCAAUCUCUGCAGGAGACACAGCUCUCACCCCUGCCCAGAAAGGAGCCAGUCGGCAAGACCGUGAGGCAGUGAGUGGCCGGAGUUUAUCACCUCUAGACUCUCAGGGAGAAAGCAACCUAACCAAGCCAGUUUCUGACACUGAUGCCCUCUCAUAACUUCCUCUUAAGCACAAAAAAGAUGACUCAAUUUUGCCUUCCUAACUGUUGCUAGAAUUCUAGCUCUUGCUGUUACCUUAUUACUCAUUUCUCCUAAAGACAAAAUGGUUUAAUAUACAUGAUUAUAAAGAUGAGUUGACUAAAA